GCGAGUCCAGCAGUGCAACGUCUACCCUCCAAUYGGAGGAACGAGUUGACCACMUAGUCGCAACACUAGCACCUUCGCCGCACCAGCCACCAUCAGCAAGCAGUUGGACAYCUUGAAGACCGAGGUUCARCAACUGCACCAGCUGCCCAAUAAGGAUGGCRACACCAGUGCGCAGCACWACAAGAUGCCGACAUUCCGCAKCGAAAAGUUCUAUGAUUAUACACAUCAAGACCCGGUCCCCCGGUGGGAGGGCUUUACGACGGAACUUCGGAUUCUUUUUGUCCACUCGUACAUCGGUGCGUUGUUCCUCAACUCAAAGGGCGGAUACCAGAUAUGGCUCARCCACSUCGCAACCAUCCACGGCGUCSAGGUCGCCGAUCUACAUAAAAAGAUCUCUUGGGAARAKUUGACGAGGCUAUGGAAGAAGCGGUUCAUCGUGGAUGAUGCCCCGACGCUCGCCAUCAACCGCCUCUUCGCCAUGACCCAAGAMAACACACCGACACGCGACUGGCUCACGGAAUGGCAAAAGAUUGUGGCAACGCCUGAUCUCGAGUUGCCAUUUUCGCAUCUGCGUCGGGAGUUCUACAACCGGUCAUGUGCCGCCUUGAGCCUCACACUUGGUGAUCGCGAGCAAUACACCACCUUCGCCGAAAUCAUCGACAAGGCAAGGGAGAUUAUCAAGACCAACAGGGCGGCUGAACACGAGAAGUCGGCGUGGCAGCCAACCUAUGUGGAGAAGGGAAAAUGUGGUCCGCGUCCGCAGCAUGUCGCUGCUGUCCAACCGGACAACAUUGUGGAAGAUCCAGCAGCCACCCAAGCAUCACUACCGGCUCGGUUGAUAGACACCGGAGUAUCGGUUGUUGACCUUCACGACUACGUUGCGAAGAUCGAUCGCGAGUUCAAGACACAACGCCGGAGUUUGGACGAGCAUGUGGAGCACCUACGCACCGUUUUGGAGCGGCUACGACAAGCCAAGUACAAAGCCAAUUGCGACAAAUGCGAAUUCGCGCGGCAAGAGCUGGAGUACUUGGGACAUUAUGUGACGCCGCAAGGCAUCCGUCCGCUUGCGGACAAGAUUGACGCCAUCCGCAACUUGACAGAAAAUGCAUGUGGAGAAGUGGAAGCAGCACCAGGAGCAGCAGCAGCCUCCAUGUCUGCUGGACCUCGAUCUGAUGAUGACAUCUUUCCUGAGAAGAUGAAGGAAGAGGAUGAGGGGAGGUUGUCUUGGCAGCAACCAUCCGAUCGAGCGUCUGUGGCUGCCUCUGAUGGAAAGAAUACAAAUUGUUCCGAUGGUGUUGAUAAGAACAAGGCUUGCACGGUGAAAUCAGAGGAUGGUAAUCAAAGAGUGGAAUUGGCAGAGGGGCCGGCGAAUGAUGCUGGUAAUGGGCCAACCCCUGGAACUUGUAGCCACCAAGGUGUGGUGGGACCAGAGCAGAUACAAAACUCAAUCCUGGGAGAAACCGCACAACAGAUGGUGGAAGAUGAGGCACUUGCACGAUGGUAUUGGGAAGAAGAGCAGGCAAAUGCAAGGACACGGGAAGAAGAGGAAGAACAGAGCCAAGCCCUUGCAGAACGAUUGCAGGAGCUUACCGGGUUUGGCCCGGUUCGAGGGGUUGACAGCCUGACAUGUGGGGCACGAGCGGAUGUGGGCUUUGACGUCGGCAAGGAGAGAAGGCCAAUGGAAAUAUUGGGAGAUGGUGUCAAAGGUUUUCUGGAAACCAAGGUGGCCAGCGGUUUUGGCGUCGUGGUGCUCGGCCAAGAGCUGGGUGCGGAGGCCACGAGCGUCAAGGAUGCAGAGUCGACGAGUGCCUUUGGUCUCGAUGAGCUGGAUGUGGGUCAUGGCGGCAUAGACUUUCUCGGGGGGUUUGUGAUCGGGGCGGCGGGAGAGGGCAUCGGCAACGCGGUUGCUCUUGCCAGGGGUGUGACAAAUGGUAAAGAAUUUUUGGUCGCGGAGGAUGGCAAGAACUUGGCGGAGAUGAUCAAGGUGGGACUCGAAGGUGGGGCUAAAAACAAGGAUGUCGUCGAGGUAGAUCACGACACAGACUUCGAGGAGGUCGCGGAAGAUGUGGUUAAUGGUGGAUUGGAAUGUGGCAGGGGCGUUGGUGAGACCGAAAGGCAUUACGAGAAACUAGUAGUGCCCGACGCGGGAGCGGAAGGCGGUCUUGUGGGUGUCCUCCUCGCGGAUGCGGAUCUGGUGGAAGCCACUGCGGAGGUCGAUCUUGGUGAAGUAUUUGGCUCCACGGAGGCGAUCAAGAAGUUUGGAUAUCCGGGGAAGCGGAUACUUGUUCCUGAUCGUGAUCUAGUUCAGGACGCGGUAGUCUGUGCACAUGCGGAGUUCCGAGGUGUCGUUCUUCUUGACGAAGAGACAACUGGCUACGAAGGGGGAGGAGCUAGGCUUAAUGAAUCCUUUUUCAAGGAGUUCAUUGAGCUGGUGCUUCAUUUCUUCGGCCUCGGGGACGAAGAGCUGGUACGGGGGGCGGCAAGGGGGGGAGUGGUCGGGCUCGAGAUCGAUGGUGUGGGAAGCACCUCGAAUUUCACCGUCGAUGCUCCAACGGAGACGGCGACGAACUUGAGCUGGAACUGGGCGAUCCCGACACAAACGGAGGAGAUCAUGGCGUUGAGGCAGCACUGCUCGAGGCCUAAUCUAACAAGCCGAGUGUGUCGGUCUUGUUCCUUGACGAGAUCGGAGAAAGUGAUGGUGGAGGGGUUGGGGAGGAGGGUAGUGGAACAUGUGGCCGUGGGGUGCUCAGCCGACGGAAUAGAGGACGUCGUCGGGAGGAGGGCAGGCGAAGUAGACUGCGACGCCUGCGGGGUGUCCGGUGUGGAAGUCGUCGCCGGGGGAGGGGUUGGCAAACGAAUUGUUGGUGCCAGGACAUGGCUACAAGGGGAGGGGGGACAGUGUUCAAGUGGAGGAGGGCCCAGAGGUCGAGGUGGAGGAGGAGGAAGUGGAUGUGGGAGGGCUGGAUCCGGUGGGGCGGGAAGCCUGGUGGGAGGAGCGGCCGACCUUGGGGCAAUUGGUUUGCUGAUGCCCCAGCUGGCGGCAACGGAAACAACCGCCGUUGGCCUGGAGGAAGGCGCGUUCGGUGAGGGUGAGCUUUUUGAGACGAGGGGGUUGGGGGGAGGAGGAAGGCUGGGAGGCCAGGCGUUGCCGUUCCAUCCUCAUGAGAUGGACAACCUGGAAGUCUUCCUCGCGGAGGUGAGGAAGGCGAUCAUGGUGGAGAAGGCGGGUAAGGAGAUCGGUGAGAGGGAGCUCGGGCUCAUGGGCGAGGGCUGCGGCGAGGUGGGGGAAGCAUACCCGGUUGAUGCGGGAGAUGAAGACGUAGUCGGGAAUGAGAGUCGACGGGAUGUGGAGGCGGAGGGAGCGAACGUAUUGGAUGAAUCGCUCAGUGGGGGUGGUUUGACGGAGGUUGCAAAAUUGAUCGAUGUAGUCAUCGAUGGUCUUUUGCGGACGGAAGGAGGCGAUGAGAAGGUCGGCCCAUUGAAGGAAGGUGAUGCGGGGAAGGCCGUUGGCUCGGCGGUUGUUGGCUUCGGUUAACCACCAUCGAGCGGCGGCGCCUUGGAGGCGGGAGGUUGCGGUGGGGAGCCAAUGAGCGAGGGGCAUGUUGUGGAGAUCGAAGGCAUUUUGAACUU